ACAGGUUCAAGCUGCCCAACAGCUCCAGCGCGAAGAGUGCCGAGCCAGGGGUGCGCGGAGCCGCCGCGUGGCCAGGCAACCCGGACCCUAAACGACGCGCGCGCACGCAAGCGCGCGCGUCUUGGGAGCCCCUGGCGCGCCCCCGGCGGCCGGGGCCGCAGCGUGCUCGCCCCCGCCGCCAGCUCGCCUCACUUAUGGGUCGGAAGCGCUGCGUGGGGGAGAGUGUUCCAAGAUGGCGGCGGGUUGCUGUGGGGUGAAGAAGCAGAAACUGUCCAGUUCGCCCCCCUCUGGCUCGGGUGGCGGUGGUGGCACCUCCUCCUCCUCCCACUGCAGCGGAGAGAGUCAGUGCCGAGCUGGAGAGCUGGGACUCGGAGGCACUGCUCCGCGGCUUAACGGGCUGGGAGGUCUGACCGGAGGAGGAGGUAGUGGCAGCGUUUGUACCCUCUCCCCCACUCAGGGUUGCGGCGGCGGCGGCGGGGGGGGGAUUUCCCUGUCGCCACCUCCGAGCUGCGGAGUGGGGACACUACUUUCUAGCCCGGCCGCCGCCACCGCUUCCUCGCCUUCCGCGUUUUCCGCCGCCUUGUCCUCAUCACCCGGCUCCCGGAAGAUGGUGGUGUCAGCGGAGAUGUGCUGCUUUUGCUUCGAUGUUCUCUACUGUCACCUGUAUGGAUACCAGCAGCCUCGGUCCCCCCGGUUCACCAACGAACCCUACCCACUGUUUGUAACAUGGAAGAUUGGUCGAGACAAAAGACUACGUGGAUGCAUAGGUACUUUUUCUGCCAUGAAUUUGCAUUCAGGACUCAGGGAGUACACACUUACCAGUGCCCUUAAAGAUAGCCGUUUCCCCCCAAUGACAAGGGAUGAGUUACCACGGCUGUUUUGUUCAGUGUCUCUGCUCACUAACUUUGAAGAUGUCUGUGAUUAUUUGGACUGGGAGGUCGGUGUACAUGGCAUUAGAAUAGAAUUCAUCAAUGAAAAAGGAUCAAAACGCACCGCCACCUACCUACCGGAGGUUGCAAAGGAGCAAGGAUGGGACCAUAUUCAGACCAUAGACUCCUUACUGAGGAAAGGAGGAUACAAAGCUCCGAUUACUAAUGAAUUCAGGAAAACCAUAAAACUGACCAGGUACCGCAGUGAAAAGAUGACUCUGAGCUAUGCAGAAUACCUUGCUCAUCGCCAGCAUCAUCAUUUCCAAAAUGGCAUUGGGCAUCCCCUCCCACCAUACAACCAUUAUUCCUGACACUGAGCCGCACAACCAGUCACUGGGCCUCUCUGCAGACCUCUUCCCAGGAGACCGUACCCCUUCUUGGUCUAGCUAUCUCUUUUAUUGUACCAUUUUAUGAUGAUAGUUUCCGUUGCCAUGGUGAAGCUUUGAUAUUGUCAAUUAAGAUCAUCAUGGUAACGGAUAGAAAAUGGCACUUAAGAAGACUAUGUUUUAUUUUAGAUGAAUUUUUUUCCAGCAUAUAUAACUUUUGGGGUUUUCUUUCCUUAUGUAGAAUUUUGCUUUUUUUUUUUUUCCUUUAUCAGAUUUUUUUCUGUCUUUCUGUCCUUGAUUCCCUUCCUGUCUCUUUAUUUCUCUUCCUUCUUUCAACUGUGGAUGGAAGAAAUUGUGUAGUUCUUAAGGAUUUUUUUUAGGUUUUUCCUUAGUUUUCCUCAGUAAGAUAGAUUUUUUUUUGGUUAGUUGAGUUUGGGAGUAAGUCAUAUCAAUUCAGGUAUUUGUCACUCUUGAGUGUCUAAGGUUCAUUUUGCUAUAAGAAGCUAGUAUAUGCAUUCCCACUCCUUAAAUAUUGAUAAAUGUUUUCCCCUGGUUACAAUAUAUGAAUUUUAAUUCUGGUAGAGAACAUUCAAAGGUCCAUUAGAGGUUUGUCACAGAGAGUGAAAAAAAUUAUACCUAUUGUGCUGGUUAUCACAGGAGAGACUGCCUCAUCACUUUAUAGAACCAACUUACAAAGUAAAACACUGUUUAAAAAAGAACAAGUUACCUUUCAGAUAUGUUGCAGAAAUCAUACUGAAGAACCAGAAGUAUCAGAAAGAGAACAGAUACAUAACUUAGUGCCUUUGAGAAGAAUAUAACCAAAUGGAAUUAAGAAGAAUUAGAGAAAAAAGGCAAUUUAGAGAGAUAUUCUUGUAAAAUUUUAUUGUUUCUAUAUAUGAAACAAGAGAUUAGACAAAUUGCUUACUCAAGUAUUUUUUUAAGAUGGAAAAAAUGUAUUUUGAGCAAAUAACCAAAAAAGAGACAUUUGUCUAUUAUAUGUUAAUUUAAAUUUGUUAGUUAGGUUUUAAUAAGUCAUGAUUGGCCACAGACAAUUUUAGCUACCAUUUCUAAAAAUGGUAAAGCUAAUCUAGUGAAGCAAAAGUUCAUAUAUGCCAUGAUUUCAUAUUCCUUUGUCAUAGGGGCAAUACUGGAGUUUUAGAAAUACUAUAAAAUAGCUUGAAUCUCAUUCUGCACUACAUACUUUUGAUAGAAACACAUUUACUAUGCUGAUGUUAUGUUACACCUGUAAAAAUGGAGUUGGUAUUUAGAUAUAUAGUUAGAGCUCAGCUCAUUUGCAGGGCUACUUUCCCCAUGAUGCGUACAAAAAAAAAAAAUCUUGCUAAUGUCACUGGGAGGUCUGUGUAUGUAUCCCCAGAAAAAAAAAAGGCAGAUAAUUCUGCAGAGACUACCUUCAUAAUGGCAAUGGUGGUAAAUGUGUGUGUGUGUACAUACACACAUAUAUGCAAAUACAUAUAUAUUUUUUUCAAACAGGGAACCAUUAUAUAAAGUGAUGACUACAAGUAUGGUGCAGAAAUAUAUAGUCUAAAACUAUGUCACCAAAUAAUAUAACGACAUAGCUUCUAUAUAUGGGGUUGCUGUGACAAGCGGUAGACUGCUAGUUCAGAAUUCAAAAACCCUUUUCUACUUUGUGAGGUGAUUUGUGGAAUCCGUUUUUGCUUGCCUUUGUGGCAAAACAAACUGCUUUAGUUUUUGAAGAGAGUUCUUAGAGGUUUGUUGAUACUCUUUCAUCCACAGCAUCUGUUGUUGAAAUAAUCAUUUUUCAGUUACAAUGCCUUAACUCAAAAACCAAUUGUUAGCCUGAAAUAUGAUCUCAGUAGCUAGUUCCAUUGAAUCCAGAAAUCAGUCAGAGGAAGCUAGCUGCUGGGCUUUAGAAUGGAAUUUCUAUUCCUUUCAUUUCUACUUGGGAGCAUUUUGGAGCAGAUUAGUCUUUCAGUAUAAAAAUAAGUGGCUACCUGAUAGAAACUUUUUCUUACCCUUAUAGGGAAACUAAGCACAAGCUGAUUGAUAUUGUCUGCUGCAAAAAUAAUAAUAAUAACAAUGAUAAUAAUAAUAAAUAAACUGAAGGGAGACAAAAAUAGACCAAUUUGAUCCAUCUUAUCCAUCAUCUCAUCAGUUCAACAGGCUCCUUGUCCUGGGUGAACUCAUGGUUAGAAUUUUUUGUUGUUGUUGUUUUUAAGAUAAGUUCUAUGACAUACAUAUGUAUGUAUGUAUAUGCUUUCAUAUACAUGCAUGCAUACAUACAUACACACAUGUGUUUAUGUAUUCAACGGUGCUAAUCAAUCUUUAGCAGGUCACGUGACUGGUCAUGCGGACUCUAAAAUCAUAUCAGAUUUUUUAAAAUUCUUGAUAUAUGCAGAUGUUACACAGAUUUUCUUACCAGUGUAAUAAUGUUAUACUGAAGAAAUACCCAUCCUGCAGGCUUCAGAGGACGAGGUCAGCAAUAUUUCCCACCAUGGCUUUGGGGGAAAAUGGAUAGUUUUGUUUCCUUUUGUAUCAAAUUAAUACACAGUGCAUUUUUGUCUCUAAAUAGCUAUUGACUAAAAGACUCUGUAGUGUAAAGGGUGUGAUACAAAUUAUUCAUGGUGUGCUUAAACAAAAGAGAUGCUAGACCCUUUCACUUUUUGUCUAUAUUACAAAGCUGUUAAAUAUGUGAUUUGACUUAACUUUGAACAUGUUGAAAUAUGUAGCAUGUAUUUUUAACUCAAAGACUGAUUGCACAAGUUGUGUUCUAGCCAGUUGUGGUUUAUUUGUUCAGAAACACAAAUGUGAAUUGCACUCUUAUCACCAGAAUAUUGUAUAAGUUCAGUGAUCUUUAAACAGCUCAGAAGUAAUACUUGAACUUUAUUUGAGUAGCACAAAGUUUACAUACCCCCUUUUUCAUGUUAAUUAGUUCCGUUUAUGUUUUCCAUUUUCAAAUACAGUGGGGUAUUUUCUUUUUCUCUUGGAAAAUAGUAUGUAUUUUACUUUGGUAUGUAGCAAACAGCUUCCGUUUCUGGAAGGAUUUUCUUAUUCCUAAACAAGGCCAGCCAGGUACCAGAUUCUAAAAAGAACAAUUCCUCCCCUUUGCCCCACUCCCAUUUAAGUGGCCUUCUGACUGCACAAGAAUGUGCUACUACCCACUUCAGUCUCCCCUACUACCAUGAGAGGUCAGUGUGCAAUUGAUGGAGGAAGUGCAAGGCUUGCUCUUUUUUCCCCAUCCAACUUAAAGUAGUUACAAGAUUUUCAGUACAGUGCAUACGGUCCUAAUGUCCAGCACACCGAAGUUUGUAUACUGGCCUCUUUUCAUGUCUUCAAAUGUGCAGAAAAUUCAAACUGUCAUCUGGAAUUGAUUCCAUCUCUUAUGUGUGUUAGAUCAAACCAAAGAAGCCCCCAGCCAUGCCCAAAUGCUGCUCCAAAAGCCUGCCUUCCAGUCCUUACAAAAACCUUGCAGGAUUAAAUGUGUUAACUUUUUUAUUUUUGUACAGUUUCUAAGUGAUUUUUGCUAGUGAUGUUAAAUUGAAUUAAGUUUAUUUGAGGGGUGGGAGCACCUCCUCCAUUUAAAUAAACUGGUGACUUUCCUUUUAUUUUUUUAAAAGUGGAAACCCAUUGUGUGCCUCUCGAUUUAAGGGUUUUCUGAUUACAUAUAUUCUCAAGACCAGCAUUGAUCCUUUAUAUACAGAGAUACAUUUUUCUUGUUUUUUAUUACUGUUUCAGAAGAAAAUAAACCUUUUUAUUUUGCUCUGGACCCAGUAAUUGUGCUGGUACAUUGACGCACUGAGAAAACAAACUUUUGUAACCACCUCUGACUGUUUUUGUAUAUCAAAGUUGAUUCCUUUUGAAAUAUUUGGAUCUAGUUUCUAAGUUAUUUUAGUGUUUUAUAUGUUCCCCAGAAUUACUUUGAAUCGGUCACCAGCAUAAUGAACUCUUGGUGAUGCAAUGGUGAGACUUGUAAUGAGCAAAAGCUACCUGGAGUAGCUCCUCCUCUUGUCCUUCUUUCUUAAUAACCUAUUUUUUGAUUACAGUAAGACAUCACAGAUUACCUGAAACCCAUUCAAGUAUAUCUAGACCCGCUUUCCUUCCACAUUUAGUUGCUUAAUAGUUUGAAGGGACUAUCGGGAAUGGGCAUUUUAUAUGAUACAUAAGGCUUUAAAAUAAAUAUUACAAAAUAAGCAAAAAGUAAAAUAAGGUUUAUGUGGGUCUGUAAGGUAUGGCUGUGGAAAGAUAUGUAGUACUUUUGACACUAUUGUUAUAUUACCUUUAAAAUCAUUUACCCAAUAAAACAUUAAAAUUGUGUUACCA